GGCUGGAAUUCGAGACUAUCUGGGGGACAAAUCCCGGAAUAAAAAUUAAUGAUCCCCCUGCAUGACCAUCGACUGAAGGUUUUAAUACAGACCAGACAUGAAGCUGCUGGUUUCUCUUAUGUUCCUUGCUCUCUGGUGCUAUGUACAAGGACAAAAUUCUGACUCACGAUGCCUCCCCCAGUCUGUUUCUACGGUACAUAUACAAGGAGGUGUGAGAGGUGUGUCGCGACUGUCCUUGUGCAAUGCUACCAGUGAGAAGCUCAAUAGUGCAUUCUCACAGUUCCUGACUGAGCGAAUUGCAAGCAAUUACCAGGUCCCCUUCGAGAAGUGCAAACUGUAUGACCUGCAGGAGGUCAGCUGUAGCAAUCAUGGAGCAAGGAACCGAAGAGUCAGUUUUGGGUUCAGUGCCAAGUUAGCGUGUGGUGAAACAUGCGGUAAAUACGUGGACAAUGAACAUUACCGGGAGCAAAAACAAAAUCGCCAUGACGAUUUGAGGGCAGUUAUCAGAACAAAGUCAACUGCUACUGUGAGCUACUCAGGAAGACAAGUGUCAAUUUAUUACUUCAAGGGAAAGAAAAGCCCACCUUCUGACACUUGUGGACCUUCUACAUCCAAUUUAGCUGUUGGGAGACAACUGAUAUGUGAGUGUCCUGCGAGCUGUCAACCAGAGGAGAGUGUGUGUACUCUACCGGCCGAGCCUGGACCGUGUAGAGCUAUCCUCCCAAGGUUCUACUACAAUGCCAGUCGACAGUGUGAGAUGUUCACUUAUGGCGGCUGUGGAGGGAACAAUAACAACUUUGAGACUGUGGAUGAUUGCAAUAAAGAAUGCAAAGUUACUAAACAGCCUCAGCAAUGCCCCGAGGGGAAGGUGUACCAGGAGUGUGGGACAGCUUGUCCAAAAACCUGUGACAACAAAGAUGACCUCACCUUUUGCACAAAGCAAUGCGUGCCAGAUUGCUUUUGUCCUGCUGGCACUGUUGAGCUUGGUAACAAGUGUGUAAGUCAGGAAGAGUGUCCAACUGAGUCACCUGAACAGCAAUGCCCCGAGGGGAAGGUGUACCAGGAGUGUGGGACAGCUUGUCCUAAGACCUGUGACAACAAAGAUGAACUUACGUUUUGCACUCGGCAAUGUGUGCAAGGUUGCUUCUGUCCUGCUGGCACUAUUGAGCUUGGUAACAAGUGUGUGAGCCAGGAAGAGUGUCCGACUGAGUCACCUGAACAGCAAUGCCCCGAGGGGAAGGUUUACCAGGAGUGUGGGACAGCUUGUCCAACGACCUGUGACAACAAAGAUGACCUCAACGUUUGCACUCUGCAAUGUGUGCCAGGUUGCUUCUGUUCUGCUGGCACUGUUGAGCUUGGUAAAAAGUGUGUGAGUGAGGAAGAGUGUCCGACUGAGUCACCUGAACAGCAAUGCCCCGAGGGGAAGGUGUACCAGGAGUGUGGGUCAGCUUGUCCUAAGACCUGUGACAACAAAGAUGAACUCACGUUUUGCACUCUGCAGUGUGUGCAAGAUUGCUUCUGUCCUGCUGGCACUAUUGAGCUUGGUGAUAAGUGUGUGAGUGAGGAAGAGUGUCCGACUAAGCCACCUCAACAGCAAUGCCCCGAGGGGAAGGUGUACCAGGAGUGUGGGACAGCUUGCCCAACGACCUGUGACAACAAAGAUGACCUCAACAUUUGCACCACGCAAUGUGUACAAGGUUGCUUCUGUCCUGCUGGCACUAUUGAGCUUGAUAACAAGUGUGUGAGUGAGGAAGAGUGUCCGACUGAGUCACCUGAACAGCAAUGCCCCGAGGGGAAGGUGUACCAGGAGUGUGGGUCAGCUUGUCCUAAGACCUGUGACAACAAAGAUGAACUCACGUUUUGCACUCUGCAGUGUGUGCAAGGUUGCUUCUGUCCUGCUGGCACUAUUGAGCUUGGUAAUAAGUGUGUCAGUGAGGAAGAGUGUCCGACUGAGUCACCUGAACAGCAAUGUCCCGAGGGGAAGGUGUACCAGGAGUGUGGCUCAGCUUGUCCUAAGACCUGUGACAACAAAGAUGAACUCACGGUUUGCACCCUGCAAUGUAUGCAAGGUUGUUUUUGUUCUGUCGGUACUGUUGAGUCUGGGGAUGUGUGUGUGGACCCAAAAGAGUGCAAGUAGCUUCAUAUCACAGAUGAACUUUGAUCAAACAGUGUAAAUAUUAAUUAAACUCCUAAGUUAGUUUUACUUGUAUCAUUCGAGGGUGGCUUUUAAAAGAGG